UCUGUUGGCGGCUUGAAAUUACUAUGACAAAAGUUCUUCAAAAUUGAUAUUGAAAACAUUUGAUAAACGCUGUUAAUUAAUAAUAAAAGAAAAUGGUAAAAAGCCGUAUCGAUGGUUAUCGAUUAGCACAAAAUGUGGGAAGAGAAGUGAUUAUACUUGGAACAAUUGAAAAAAAAAGUUCAAAUGGUCAAAAUAUAGAAUUAAAAACUACUGAUGGUGUACAAGUUAACGUUACUUUACCAGAACCUCUUGAUUUUAAUGCUGAGGGUUAUAUAGAAGUUCAUGGUACUUUGAACUCCAAGUCUACAAUGUCCUGUAGCAGUUAUGUAUUAUUUUCACCUAGCAUGACAGAAGACUUUGAUUCUGAUCAAUAUAAUGAAAUGUUAACUCUACUAAACGUAUUGGGACCAAAAAAGUGGAUGAUAUCGGAUGAUGAUAAUGUAGAGUUAUAAAUUGCGAUACCAUUUACAGUGAUUCUUCUUUUAUAUAAUAAUACAAUUAUAUAUAUAUAUAUAUAUAUAUAUAUAUAUAUAUAUAUACUAUACAAUUAUUACAUUUAUUUCUUCAUAAUGAAAUUAAACAGUGCCACAUUAUCAAGGUACAAGGUUUGUUAUCAUUUGCUUCUUGUAUUUAUACUGUUUCUAGGAAUAACCUAAAAUCCUAAAACCAAAAUGAGCACUGUCAGCAUUAUUCAAAACCCUUUGAACCUAUUGUUUCUAUUUAUACAAUACUCAUUCCAAUUUUGCAUGAUGCAUCUAAGGAAAAGCAUCUACAAGUACACGAUGUCACUGGACAUUCAGAAUGUUGCCUGUUAUACAAAUGAUAAGAUACUUUAUUAAAGAAUGUAAAAUAAGGUGAACCGAUACUUAAUAGUAUUGAAACUUUACCGAAACCAGUGUGUAAUAUGAUCAGCAUGACCACCGUGUCUACACGUUUGACACCAUGUAAACCAAUUGCUGAAUUCUGUUAAUUUGUUAUCACAUUCUUCAUUUCUACUAACGCCAGAUGUUGUCAUUUGUAAACCACUUACAGUACCCAUGUGCAUCAAACAAAUCGCACAUCGAGGUAAUGGUUUUCUACAGUUUGGACACGAAGACAUCUAACAAAACAAUGUAAAAGAUAUCACUGUUAUUUAGAAUAUAAUACCUUUGACUUACUAUA